AUCUGCUCAGAAAAGCAAGCAGCUCAACAGUAGAUAAGAGAAUAGACCCGCUGCGAUAAGGUGGGCACUGAAGAGAAGAUGUUUUAAGAAGCUGCUGUUUCAGAGACGCUUCAAGCCACUAACGAUGGAAAACGAGACAGCUGGAGAGCUGAACCAAACCCAGCUUCAGCCACGAGCGGUGGUGACCCUCGAAUACCAAGUGGUCACCAUCUUACUUGUACUCAUUAUUUGUGGUCUGGGCAUCGUGGGCAACAUCAUGGUGGUCCUGGUGGUCCUGAGAACCAAGCACAUGAGGACCCCCACAAACUGCUACCUGGUGAGUCUGGCAGUGGCUGACCUCAUGGUCCUGGUGGCUGCAGGCCUCCCCAACAUAACAGACAGCAUCUACGGUUCCUGGGUGUACGGCUAUGUUGGCUGCCUCUGCAUUACUUACCUUCAGUACUUGGGAAUUAAUGCAUCCUCUUGUUCAAUAACAGCCUUUACCAUUGAGAGGUACAUAGCAAUCUGUCACCCCAUCAAAGCCCAGUUUCUCUGCACAUUUUCCAGAGCCAAAAAGAUCAUCAUCUUUGUCUGGGCUUUCACAUCCAUUUACUGUAUGCUCUGGUUCUUCCUGUUGGAUCUCAACAUUAGCACGUACAAAGAUGCUACUGUGGUAUCUUGUGGCUACAAGAUCUCCAGGAAUUACUACUCACCUAUUUACUUAAUGGACUUUGGUGUUUUUUAUGUUGUGCCAAUGGUCCUGGCCACUGUCCUCUAUGGAUUCAUAGCUAGAAUCCUCUUCUUAAAUCCCAUUCCUUCAGACCCUAAAGAAAAUUCUAAGACAUGGAAAAAUGAUUCAACCCAUCCGAACAAGAAUGUGAAUUUAAAUACCUCUAACAGAUGUUUCAACAGCACUGUAUCUUCAAGGAAGCAGGUCACCAAGAUGCUGGCAGUGGUUGUCAUCCUUUUUGCCCUUUUAUGGAUGCCCUAUAGGACCCUUGUGGUUGUCAACUCAUUUCUCUCAAGCCCUUUCCAAGAAAAUUGGUUCUUGCUCUUUUGCAGAAUUUGCAUUUAUCUCAACAGUGCCAUCAAUCCAGUAAUUUACAACCUUAUGUCCCAGAAGUUCCGUGCAGCCUUCAGAAAGCUCUGCAACUGCAAGCAGAAGCCCAUAGAAAAGCCGGCUAACUACAGCGUGGCCCUGAGCUACAGCGUCAUCAAGGAGUCAGACCACUACAGUACAGAGCUGGAGGAUAUCACUGUCACGGACGCUUACUUGUCUGCCACGAAAGUGUCUUUUGAUGAUACCUGCUUGGCUUCUGAGGUAACUUUUAGCCAAAGUUGA